AUGCUCCUCUCUCUGCUCCUCCUCCCCGUAACCACGGCCCUCCAAGCCGCCAACUUCAACAUCUCAACCCCCCUCGCCGAAGCCCACGCCUGCACAGCCCCCUGCCAGCGCCGUCUAAACAACACCAUCCCCGCGGACAUAUCCCUCGUAGGCCUCAACCUCAACCCCUUCUACACCACCGCCGCCAACUUCUCCUCCUCCCUACCCCCAGGCCAGAUCCUCAAACUCCAGCCCGUGGACCCUUCAACACUGACUAUCGACGGCGGCGCAACCAUCUUCCGCAUCCAGUACACAUCUCUCGACUUUGACAACUCCACCGUCCCGGUGACAGGCUUCAUUGCCUUUCCCUACACGCCGCAUUUCUCUCCUCAAACUUCCCCUCACAAACCAAAAUACAGACUCGCGGCGUUUGCCCACGGCACAAUUGGCAUAUUCCCCGGGUGCGCGCCGUCCAACGGUCCCGCCCUCUACGACUAUUCUACAUGGCAGCCCGUCCUGGAGCGCGGCUAUGCCGUCGUGGCAACAGACUACGCCGGCCUAGGGAACAACUACACCACACACAAGUAUCUCAGCUUCCCAGCCCACGUACACGACAUAUACUACGCCGUGGAAGCAGCACGCUCCCUCUUCCCCACGUCCUUCACCAAAGAAUGGAUCUCGUUCGGCCACUCCCAAGGCGGAGGAGCAGUCUGGAAACUCGCAGAGAGCAAACACGCCCACAAACACUCAAACUACCUAGGCAGCGUGGCCAUCGCCCCCGCCACAUUCUUCAUCCACCAGCUCCUCGACUCCCUCAACUCAACUUCCGAAAAAGGCGUCGGCGCCGGCUUCCUACCAUACUUGCCCAUCGCAGCGCAGCGCGUCAUCCCCACGUACAAAGAGGAGAUUCUAUCGCCCGUGCUACGAAACAGGACACAGCUAGCCAUCAAGGCGCAGUUAUGUCUGAAUACGGUGCUCGGACUGAGUCUGGACCUCAACGCCAGUGAGAUUGUGUCCGUGGCCGGCGCAAAGAGAGAUAUACCCACGCUGUUGAGGUGGGAGGGGAUGGUUGCGCCUGCGCAGGGGGUAAAGACUUCCGCGCCGGUUUUUGUAGUCCAGGGCCAGAAUGAUACGGCUGUGUCGUGGAGGACGACGGUUCAGGCGUGGGAAAGGUCGUGUGGUGUGGGUAAUGAGGUGCAUUUGAGGUUGUUUCCUACGCAGGGACAUCGGCCGAGUUUGACGGCUGGGGCGGCGGAGUGGCUUGGCUGGAUGGAUUAUCGGUUUGAGAGGAGAGGAGAGACGGAGGGGGAUGGGAGGUGUAGCAAGGUUGUGAGGGCGCCGUUUAAUAUUGAGUAUGUUAGGGCUCCUACGGAUUUGGACUUGAAGCCGUUUCUGCGGUAG